AUGGAUAAAGACGAAGCCAACUCCACUUUCCGUGGAAACGCCAGCCAGGGAGGAUCUAAAGGACCGAGUUUCACAGCGGAUAAAGGCAAAAACAAGAUGGCGGCGAAAACGAACAAAAAGUGGGUGCGUCUGGCCACUGUGUUGGCGUAUGUCCUGGCAGUGUCCCUGGCGGCAAUAGUGCUGGCCACAUACUACAGUCUUAUCUGGGAGCCCCGACUUCGGACCAAGACCACAAACACUUCGCCCAUUGAAGGAAUGAACAACACAUCAGAACCCACCCCGAACGCUACACUACAAGAGAGGCCAUAG